AUGGGAGACCACAAGCUCUCCCAGAUUAAGCAUGAUGAGCAUCUAUUGCUUGACCAACCACUCCUUCGUCUACCCUCCGAGCUUCUCCGUAAGAACUUUCGAACGGCACAUUUCGCAAUCGAGAAGGAUACCACUUCCCUUAAAACACUGCUAAAGGAUUCUGCUACUGCCACCGUAUCUGGCCGCGCAUCUCAGGAAGAUGUUCUUCGAAACGUCGAUGCUAUGAUCACCCGAAUGCGCGGCCUGAAGCGUAAGCUCACUACGAGUGCGGCUGAGGAAGCUCUUUUGCACACUCAAGCUGCGGCCCGCAUAGCUCAUCUCGAUGAGCUAUACAAAAUGGAUUCCGUCGAAGACGUGAAAUACGAAACCUGGAGUAGGAAAAGGCUGGAUAGGCUUUUGGCAGAUUACCUCCUUCGCCAUGGGUAUAACGAGACUGCAAAGCAGUUGGCGGACCAGCGCGGUAUCAAAGACCUCGUUGACGUCUAUACCUUUGUCGCUGCUAGUCGCAUUCGAGACUCCCUCAUGAGGGAGAGUGUUGUCGAAGCCCUAGCAUGGUGCACCGAGAACAAGAAGGAACUUCGAAAGAUGGAUGCAUGUCAACCCCAGUCAAGAUUCAACAACGUUGCGCUAAUAUUCUGCAGAGUAAACUCGAGUUCAUGCUACGCUUCCAGCAAUACAUCGAACUCGUCCGCUCCCAGUCCCCAUCCAAAGUGA